GCGCCCGGACGAAAUGCAUAGCCUCCUUGACCUGUUAAGUAAUUGUGUCAGUGUAGAACCUUGGUUUUGUUGACACGUGCUACAACAUAAAAAAAUAUCAACAUGGAAAGGAUUUUAGCGCGUAAAGCAUGCAAACUAUGGAGUCCAUGUGUGCUUUCAUGCAGCAGAAACAUGUCCAGUGUUCAUGGUUGCAUUCGCUACAAGCCGUCACAACCGCAACAAACAAUAUACCCUCAGAAUUCUGGCUUGCUUCAGAGGAAUCUCCAGAAAAACUCCACUAUGAUCUUGAGAUGUUUCGAACAAGAGAAGAAGAAGGAGAAAACAAUGAGUUGGAAAGCCUUCGGCGUGAUGACACUGUGUUGUUGUGGAUUGUAUGCUAUAUAUGAAUAUUUUGAACAAGAACGGAAGAAAGAGAAGAUGAAGGCUGCCUAUAAAAAUGUGGGAUCUCCCCAGAUUGGUGGAUCAUGGAUAUUAACAGACCAUAAUGGAAUUCAAAGAUCAAGCAAAGAAUUCAAAGGGACCUGGUUACUCAUUUAUUUUGGCUUCACCCACUGUCCAGAUGUAUGUCCGGACGAAUUAGAAAAAAUAGCUGCAGUAGUGAAACAUUUUAAUUCAAAACCCGCAGGUCCCAAAAUCAAGCCAUUAUUUGUAACAAUAGACCCUGAACGAGACACUAAAGAAAUUAUGAAGAAAUAUUGCGAAGAAUUUACACCGGAACUCUUGGGACUAACAGGAACCAAAGAAGAGUUACAAGAUAUAUAUAGUAAAUUCCGUGUCUACUUCAGAUAUGGAGAGCCUGAUAAUACAGGAGACUACUUAGUGGAUCAUACACUUGUGACUUACCUCAUGACACCUGAUGGAAUCUACUCUGACCAUUUUGGUAAAAAGUCAACAUUAGAUCUCAUUAAAGAAAACAUUACCUUGAGAAUGGAAAAAUAUUCCUCUAAAUCUUAAUGGAUGCGUUCAUGACUAAAACAUCUUACCAGAGACAUUGGAACUAGUACCAUGAGAGAGGGAGGCAUACAACACUUAAGUUAGUACUAUAAGUGUUGAUUGUUUGGUGGCAGAAAUAAUCAUGACAACUAUUCCGAUUCAUUCAAGCAUGGAUUUAACUGAAAAUGGAAUAUUCAUUAUAUUUCUAAAUUUACCGUUCUUGCUAUUUGCUGACUUCAUGUAAAUUGUUAUCAGUGACUUUCAACAACUGACUCAGAAUUAUUAUAUUUUAAGUUGGUAAGAAAUAAUAAUAUUUCUGGAAAAUGAUACAGAAGUUAUUUUAUUUGCUGUAUUCUUUUCUGAUGCCUCACAUUCCCGUGGACCAAUGCUUUUGGCUUGAAACAUUGAAUCCAAGGUUUUUCUUGCUGUGACUGUCUCAUGUCCAAAGUGGAGGUCAGCAUCAGCUGCGGGCAGUGUUGCCUUUAUUUCACCACAAAUCGUUUCAGCUGUUUGUUUUAUAGUAUUGCUUGAAUAUUUUUGCAAGUUGUGAUUUCUUAUUUAUAAAAUAAAUUACAUUCAUUUUGAUACAAAACAG